GGCGGCCCUCUCCACGCAGCGGCCCUGCACCAUGUUAUCCCGUUUGCUCAAAGACCACCAAGCCAAGCAAAAUGAACGCAAAGAACUGCAAGAAAAGCGGCGGAGGGAAGCUGUUGUGGCUGCUACACGUCUCACUGAAGCCCUUGUGGAUCAUCUGAAUGUUGGAGUGGCCCAGGCCUAUGUGAAUCAACGCAAACUGGAUAACGAGGUAAAAACUCUGCAUUUUUUAGGCAAAUCUUUAAAAACUCUGCAGAUCCAGGCAGCUCAAUUUGCCAAACAGACACAGCAGUGGCUCGGUAUGGUGGACAACUUCAACCAGGCGCUAAAGGAAAUUGGUGAUGUGGAGAACUGGGCAAGAAGCAUUGAGAUGGACAUGAGGACAAUCGCCACUGCCCUCGAGUACGUGUAUAAAGGGCAGCUACAACCUGCAACGUGAUGCGAAAUCGAAAUGCAGCCAUUUUGUGAGGAAGAAACCAAAUCACCUUCGGAAGAUAAAGCUGCCACUAUAAACACAAGCUCUGCAAAUGGAGGUUUCCUACAGGUUGAAUGCAAUAAGCCUGGAAUGCCCUUCCUCAUUCAAAUGAAGACGAGAACUAGAAUAUAUCCAUCCCACUGUGCUGGUUGUCUGCUACAAUAAUGUAAAAAUGAAUGCACAUCAGCAAGACUCCAUGCAUCUGCUUUCCUGGAAUGUAACAGUCCAGAAAAUAUAAUAUGUCCAUGUUAAAAAUCUUCAAUAAAUACCUGCGGGCCUAUUUCAUA